AUGAAAAAUGGCGAUGAGAAUUUGGCGAUGGAGCGCAUUUGCACAGCUAUGACGUGGCGAUUUCGAUGGGUUUUGGUGAGAUUUUGGCGCCAAAAAUCAAAAUUUCAAAAAUUUUCAAUUUUCAGGCAAAUCUUCCUCGAUUUUUCCCACAAUUCGCAUGUCUAUUUUGCGCCAUUCCGAUUUCGUUGGCUUUUUCGAGUUUUUGUAUCACAUUUUUGGUGAAUUUCGGUGUGGCUAUCAUUGCUCAGAGUAGGUUUGAGCCAAACUACGAUGCUCCGCGUUUACGCGGCGAAAAAUGAUGGAUUUUGAGCCGAAAUCGUCGUUUUUUAGGGUUUCAAACGAUGCUCCGCGUUUACGCUGGGAAAAUAUAGCUUCAGAGCUCUGAAUUUCGAUGAACUCGUAAAUGUGGAGUAUCGUUUGGAUGAAAACUACGACGCUACACCUUUACGCUGUCAAUUUCAAUUUCCCAACUAAAAUUAUUGAAAAAUUUCAAUUUUUCCUCCAAAAAUUCAGCGCGUAAAGGCGGAGCUUCGUUUAGACCCCGAUUUUUGACCAAAAACAACGACACUCCGCUCUUACACCUCUCAAAAAUCAUGAUUUCUCAUCAUUUUUCCGUCAGUGUAAACGCGUAGUAUCGUUGCUUACAUCAAAAAUCGCUUUUAAACGACACUCCGCUUUUACACCUCUCAAAAAUCAUGAUUUCUCAUCAUUUUCCGUCAGUGUAAACGUGGAGCAUCGUUGCUUACCUUAAAAAUCGCUUUUAAACGACACUCCGCGCUUACACCUCUCAAAAACCUCCAAUUUUCAAUGAUGUAAACGUGGAGCAUCGUUUAGACCCCCAUUUUUCGCCGUGUAAACGCGUAGUAUCGUUGCAGCCAUCUCAAUCAUCCUAAUCCUGCUGAUCUUCAUUCCAACCAUCACAAUUUGCCUGAUUUGCGCCGUUUUUGUCGCGUGCAGUUUCGAUUUCGCAAAACACACCUACACUCGAUGUUUUUUGGUGGAAAAUCUCGAUUUCAAGGCGACAAAAUUGAAAAUUUGCUGA